GUAGAGCGGCGGGGAGGUCGGUGCAGCCGCGCGAUCGACGCCGAACAUGUCACACAACGGAGUGAACGGCGGCUGGAACGGCGAGGGCACGACAGUCAGCGACUGCGCGGCGGCGCUGCCGACACGCGGCGCGGCCCCUCACCGGCUGCGGCUCGGCAAGCAGCGCGACCUGGCGCCACUCGACAGCGGCUUCGUGUCGGGCCUGCUGUCGCCGGCCGAUGGCCUGUCGCCGGCGCCGGGCGCGCCGCCGCUGCGCUACCCGAAGGAAGCGUCGCAGCGGCCGGGCGAGGGCGCGGACGAGCGGCUCAGCGCCGGCCUGAGUGGCCUCCAGCUGGACGAGUGUGAGCUGAGCGGCGCCGAGCGCGGCGUCUGGGAGCGCCGCUACCUGCAGGUGCUGGACGAGGCCUUCCGCGGCGACGAGGACGGAGACACGCACCUUCACCUGGCCAUCAUCUACGAGUACGCCGGCGUCGCCGAGUGCCUCGUGCGGCUUGUGCCGCACCCGGACUUUCUCAACCUCCGCAACAGCUACAUGCAGACGCCGCUGCACCUUGCGGCGCUGACCGGCCAGGCGGCGCUGUGCCGCCACCUCGUGGUGGCCGGCGCCGACACGAACCACCGCGACAGGCACGGCAACACGCCGCUGCACCUGGCCUGUGAGAGGGCCGAUCGGCGCUGCGUGCAGGCGCUGACGGCGCCCGUCAGCGCCUGCGAGACGCGGCUGGCGGCCCCACGCUACGCGCUGCCACCGGCCGCGCCGCCGCCGCCGCUCGACGAGUGGAACUACCAGGGUGAGUGA